CGCUAUGGCGCAUCGCCGCCUCGCCCCGAGCGUGUGCGACGUGAACGCACCUGGGUGCAGGGUGGUGCAACGCCUCGAACGUAAGCUGCCCUGCCUAAUCGACUGUCGCCCGCGCGAAAGUCGACCAAGGGGGUACUGUUAGGUGACCUGAUUACCUGGACUUUGAAAUUAACAUUCAGCACUCUAAAAAACAAUAUUAAUUAAGUAAUGACUAUGCUUAAAUAUUAAUUGUAAUUCUGGACUUUAGCGCGAUCAGGCGGCGUGCAUGGCCCGGGAUUACUUUUGCACACGACACGUUUUCGCGGGAGCGAGGCUGGGGAGUCGUGCGGACGUCACAGCCAUCGCCAGUUAAUCACCGCCCUCCAAGGAGACAAGACGCGAGUCGCCCGCGGAGCUUCUCGACCUCCGCCCUUGCCAUCUCUCUCGGAAUUGCGUGAGUUUUCAGCACAUCAGAAACGUGUCCUGUAGAGGCGGCUCCCAGUAAGCGGGUCAUGCACGACGCAGCGCAUGUAUAGCGUGCCUGACAAUAAACCACUUUGAAUCGCGCCCCGCGUAUUUGUUACAACGCCCUUAGUAUAGCGUCCCUGGUGGCUAAAACAGCCGGGGGUAACUCUGACGGAACGACCCUUACUGCCUGCCGGCCACGUGGCGACGUCACGCCCUGAGUCAAGAGUCUCGGCUACGCACUAGCACGUAGCUAUUAUUGCUAGUUGGCGCCCAGAAGCAACUCCACACCCUCAACAUCACCUUGGCAGAAGGCAGAAGGCGUCAACGUGAUGAAAAAGCCAGUUCGGGAGCAUGGACACAAAGCCCAUCUCACUACUCCCCGACUCCAAACUACACGACGGCAAACAAGAUAAUCAACAUGGACCGCAUGCUGAGCAUGCCCUCUCUCCCCCUCGGGCAAGUGGAUCAUGGUCGACGCACACAGGUUGAUGAAUUUUACUUGCUUUGCCAGAUGCACAGGGACCAAUACAGAGAUCGCUCCGGACGACUGCACCCACUGGAUUACUUCCGCAGCACUGACUACAAGUGGCAGUCUCCUCCCGAUGUCACGAGGACCUACCUGAAGCACCUGCCCAGCUACGUGAAGUACUACAGACCUGUGGUGCUCGCACAAACCACGGCUCGGACGGUGCCUCCCCCCCCGCUGCCCGAGCGGUCACUGGCGGGGCGCUACUACCGCCUCAGUGACUCCAGGUACAAGCGGUGACUUCAUCACGUGGCAACCGUCUGACUUACCCUGGUCUGUGGAAUCCCACCAGUCCAGAAGGAAACAACACCCCUGUAGCCUGCCAAGUCUUUACAAGUUAUUUUUAUUACAAUAACCAAUUCAUUUGGGCCCCAAACCACAAAAAUUCAGUCAAGAUUGUUCAGUUUACCUAUUAGGUUUACAAGUAUGUAUUAAAAUGAGUAUCUGUAAAGGUA